AGAAGUGUUACUUAGUACAGUUUGUGAUAAGCACUCAGUUGUCACGAGUGCCUUGCCAACUUGAUCGUAAUUCUUAUUGGACAUUUUUUUCUUAAUCAGUUGUCGUCAGUGACCAAGUGUUUUGAGCUGUUUUUGAUUUAACAAUAUGCUUACUUCGGAUGACAGUCCGAGUGCCCAGAGGGUUCUGAAAAGGGCAUAUUCUCACCAACCUGAGAUCGGAAGGAUUCCUCCCGAUUCUGAUAAACUUUUUGAUUGUGUGCCUUGGGUUAAUAUAAUGGCUGAUAUUGCUGUUACUGCAGCUAUUGCAGAGCUGAAGUUCAAACGUAUGCUGAACAAGGAACUAUCUCACUUUUCGGAAUCAAGCAAAUCUGGAAACCAAAUAUCGGAAUAUAUUUGUUCUACUUUUCUCGAUAAACAACAGGAACUGGACAUCCCCUCCAUCCGCGAUGAAAUCGCAGAGCCCCAAAAGGGAACCCAGCCCAAAGAACGGCCAAAAGGUUCCCACUCUACCAUGUCGCAAAUAUCAGGCGUGAACCGAAGAUCCUUGUGCCACACCAACUCCUUUACCGGGGAGAAACUUCCGAAGUACGGCGUGGAGACUCCCUUCGAGAACGAGUUGAAGAGCAGUUUACUGGUUAUAGACCACUGGGGUAUCGAUAUAUUCAAAAUCGGUGAAUUGAGCAACGGCAGACCGCUAACCUGCGUAGCUUACACUACCUUCUGCAAUAGGGACCUCCUCAAGGCGAUGGGCAUACCACCCAAAGUAUUCAUUACCUUCAUGAUGACUUUGGAGGAUCACUACGUCAAGGAGAAUCCUUUUCAUAACUCCCUUCACGCCGCCGAUGUAACCCAGAGCACGCACGUGCUACUCAACACUCCCGCUUUGGAGAACGUCUUCACCCCCCUAGAAGUGACCGCGGCGUUGUUUGCAGCCUGUGUGCACGACGUCGAUCAUCCAGGGCUCACCAACCAGUUCCUCAUCAACUCCAGUUCGGAGUUAGCAAUCAUGUAUAACGACGAGAGCGUCCUGGAGAAUCAUCACUUGGCAGUGGCGUUCAAACUUCUAUCCAACGAUGGCUGCGAUAUCUUCUGCAACCUGACCAAGAAGCAAAGACAAACAUUGAGGAAGAUGGUGAUAGACAUGGUUCUGAGUACUGACAUGUCGAAGCAUAUGAGUCUACUCGCAGAUCUGAAGACCAUGGUGGAAACCAAGAAGGUCGCUGGUUCAGGAGUUCUGUUGCUAGACAACUACACUGAUCGAAUCCAAGUAUUAGAGAAUCUCGUGCACUGCGCAGAUCUGAGCAAUCCCACCAAGCCGCUGGCACUGUACAAGCGGUGGGUGGACCUUCUGAUGGAGGAGUUCUUCCAGCAAGGUGACAAAGAGAGAGAGGCCAAAAUGGACAUAAGUCCCAUGUGCGACCGCCACUCAGCUACCAUAGAGAAGACCCAAGUGGGAUUCAUCGAUUACAUCGUCCAUCCCCUAUGGGAAACAUGGGCCGAUCUAGUACACCCCGAUGCCCAAGAUAUAUUAGACACUCUCGAGGAGAACCGCGACUGGUACCAAAGCGCUAUCCCCCCUAGCCCGCCCCCAGAUGAUGUUCCCGACCCUCAACGUCCCGGAAUUCGCUUUCAAGUCACUCUGGAGGAAGGCGAAGCUGAGUGCGAGGCGGAAGCUCCGAUGUGACGGAGGCUGGCCGGCCUCUGUAGGAAGCUGACCGAGAAGGUUCAGCUAUGGUGGCGCGUUCGGCAGUAGGCGCUGGCGUCCUGCCCUCAUGUGUCACUCCGCGCUGGCGCGGGUGUGUUAUGUUUGCAUCGCUUGACUGAAUUUCCGGGCUGAGGUACAGCCUGUCCCCGCAGUUCCUGGGAGUGUACUUUUCGAUUUGGAUUUCACUUUUUGGCCUUCCCACGACCCUUCGUCACGCCUUACUUAGGAAGACACCACCCCUACUAACUGAACAUCUGUAUAUAGCUCAUAAUAUUGGUGUAAUACUCAGCCCCGUGUAUGUAUAGGUACUAUGUGUCAUGUCAGCUAUGUUACAUAAGUAAAGCUCUCUCAAUUUUA